AUUAACGGCGAAUAGCCGUGCAGCGCAGAGCGCUGCCCUUCAACACUUCGACUAUGACAGUUGCCGUACUUUAUUGUUUCAUCGGAGACCCUGUUCUUCAGGGCGAGAAACGCUAUUUUAUCUUCUGGCAGUAUUCGAUCGAUAGUCCGAGGUCUGUUAUGGGUGUGACGACUGACGAGCUGGACAGGCCUACUUGUUUAAAUGUCUCGAUCUGAAUCCCGUUAGGGAUCCGAGGCAUCCAAGGCCGCUGCUACUUAAAUGCCACGCUAAUGACGUCGUCGUGUAUAACCACAAGGCCAUACCCAGGCCGCGUAGUUAUGCAAUUGUAGCAGCGGUGCAACAUUUGCGCCAGCGCACACAGAGCGACCGUCCGCAAGACGUUUGAACUCUACUCGACCACAUUGAGUCCAAUUCGAGGGAGUUGACGCGUCGGGACAUUCUAGUCGCAUAGGUGAGUCGGGCGACGCAGAGCGACUGGCGCGUGCGUUCGCGCGUUGUCGUCGCCGUUGGCCACCGACGAAGCUCUCUACCUCCAGAGUCCCUGCGCGCAAUGGAAUUGACUGAAUUAUCACGCCACUUUGUCAAAACAAGCUCUGCUCUGAGGCGCCUUCCAAUGGUGGCUGGCAACAUGGUCGGUGCGGCCAUCAUUGCCGUCGUCAUUAUGGCGUCGGGCCUCGGCGCCUCGGCAGCCUCAGACUUUUCUGUCAGCAGCCACAGCGGUCGCGGCCUGCUGACCACUGCGUCUGGCUUCCCCUGGUGCCAGUGCAUUGACUACUCAUGCGCUUGCUCACCCUACAAGGUCAACUUUGAGUCUUCAACACAGUCGGGCUCCCUGACCACCACGUGCUUUUCCGUGGCCUACAUUGGCUGCGACACCAGCCGGGCGUGCUGCCGCGGCAUGCUGGCGGCGGUGGACAAGCUCACCUUUGAGACCACCGCGGCGUGCGGCGUCAAGUCCAACAUCGCCAAUAUCACCAUCAACGGCAAGAGGUGGCCGUCCUGGAACCCCUACCCCCAUCCCUCGGGCCCCGGCACCGGCUAUGAGCUGAAGAUUUACAACCUCAAGGGCAACAACGGCACCUUCCCUGGAUCCAAGAUCUGCAUCACCACCAAAGCGCCGUGCUCGUCUCUCAAGGACCUGUGCUCGUCCAGCCCGUCGGGCGAUUGCACGUACUCGUUUGCGGACACGUCCUCCACUACCUACUGCCCCAUCUGCCCCCUGAACGUCUACCCGCCGCCCCCGCCUCCCUCUCCCGCUCCUCCCCCUCCCUCGCCUCCUCCUCCCCCUCCCCCUUCGCCUCCGCCGCCCCCUCCCCCUUCGCCUCCUCCUCCCCCUCCCCCUUCGCCUCCUCCUCCCCCUCCUCCUUCGCCUCCUCCCCCGUCGCCUCCCCCUCCCUCUCCCCCUCCCCCUCCUCCCCCCAGCCCUCCGCCGCCCUCACCUCCUCCCCCCUCGCCCCCCCCUCCUCCCCCGCCCCCGCCCAGCCCUCCUCCUCCUAGCCCUGCCCCUCCCACUCCGGUGCCCAAGCCCAGUCCCAGCCCCUCUCUGGUGAAGACGCACAUCUGCGUCCAGUCGACGAACAACAUUCCGUUUGCGAUCUCCGACCUGGUAAUUUCCCCCACCGUGGACCAGCUGGGCCUCCCCGCAGUGUCCAUGUGUGUGUCGGCCUCAAGCGCCACAUGCAGGAGGGGAGCCUUCUGCUGCAAAAUGGACUUUGCAAAGAUGGAGCUGCCCAUCACGACGGAGUGCAAGCCCGAGCUCCGCCGCAUCUUGAUCAACAACGAGGCCACCACCAGCUACAGCUGGGGGUUCUACGACGCCUUCACCACCCUCAAGUUCCCCUCGCUCACCAAGUCGCUGCCCGCCGGUCCCGACGGCGCCACGCUGUGCUGGGUGGUGCGGCCGGGCGCCUGCGCCGACCCCGCCAACUUCUGCCUCAACGGCCGCUGCCAGGUCAACAUCUUCUCAUCCGACAACAAGUGCUGCCCCGCGACCAUCGUGCAGGAGGCUGCUCCCUAAGCAAUUCCGAUGAGCGAGAUAAUACUGUGUCUACGUGCCAAAUGUUGCAUUGCACACGUGUGUUUGUGCCCAUGCGGCCAUUAGUGUUUCCCAGCCAUUGCUGAGAAUACCUGUCGUGCUUUCCUGCUGGAGUAUGCUUUGAGAUAGACUUGAAAUUGCCCUGGGGCCAGGCCCCCUUCACCUAAAGGAAGCGAGGAUGUGAGUCAGGAUGUGUGGUGUGUCCCUGGACCAUAAUUGCCUUGAAUGCUUCUUGGGAUUUGCGCCAGAGCGUAAUGGAUACUAAAGAACCUAGCUGCGCGUGUCAUCUUCCUUACUUGCACAUAUCUAUCUCUUGGACGGCCGGCUGGGAUUCGGUGGUGUUAAUCAGGGGGGGCCUAUUGAUGCAGGUACAUGCCGUGGCUGCGCCCGAAUGGCCCACGAGCCCUUUUCUUCCUGCUUGCUCUCUUUCUUCUGUCACGCGUUAGUAGCGUCGUUAGUUGUGCGUAGCUGCCAUGACAGCUUUGUAGUUGUACGAUAGUUGUGCUAGCGGCUCCCCCCGGAGCACCGGCUUAGUUGGAGGCUUGGUUGAGUGUUGGCUUCAAGCGCUCUUGAACUUCAAUGGGGACGUAAGAGUUUGACUCGGCUACAGUAGUUCACAGCCCACCCUCGCCCGCGGGCUGUCACUGUCCAGCCGACCGGGGGCAUACGAGGCUCUCUGGCACGCGCCGAGUGUUAGCACAGCGACCUAUUGCACGCUGGAGGGCCCCACGGCAUCUGCGCUGGCUUUUGUAAGGCGAACGAGACAUGUAACAGGUUGGGCUG